AAUCUUCCGAUCAAAAUUGUAGACGUAAAUUUUAACGGAUAACGGUUAAGAGUUUCUGCACGGUCCUGUUUUUCGAACAGCUUGUGAAGGGGGGCGCCUACCCCGUUCCCCCCCCCCCCGACUUGUUGCUUCAUUAAAAAUUGAUCGCUGGUUAAUCCUUCUUCAACUUUUUUCACCAAUACAGGUCAAGUCAGCUCAGGCCUUAUAACAGUAACAGUAAUUUCAGUCUUGGAUAGAAAUCACUUGUAAGUUCCCCUUGUCCACUUUGGUGAUUGUGAGCGUAAAUUUAUAUUUAUUGCCAUUUCAGAAUGCGCCUACCUUGGUGGGGUGAAGGGCCUGCAGUUGGCCUGAGUUCUGUGAUGCUUCAAUUACCAUUCCGUAUGUUAGGUACGAAAUUGCUGUGGUGGACGUGGCACGAUACUGAUCCAACGAUUGAAGACAGAAUGUUCUGGACUCCAUGGAGCUCUUUAUACUAUUAUGCCGCAUGUGCUUGUUCUUUUGUAUGGAUGCUCCGACUAACUAGACGCUUGCUGCUUGAAAAGGAGUAUGACUGGAUGAAAUUCCCAAAGGAGUUGACAUGCUCCUUUCUAACUGGAGUACUGUCGUACUGGCUAGGAACCGCACAGUUUAAAACACACGAUUCUAUCGUCAAUGCCGGUGUCAAUGAAGAUCACACGCUCUGUGUACUUGCUGAUUUGACGGAUGCGAACGAUCGCAAAAAGCUCAUCGAUAGUACCAUUUCGAAGUGGGGUCGCUUAAAUAUUCUUGUAAAUAGCGCUGGCGCCUCCAUAACUCAUGGCAAGGAAGGGUUUGAAGCUAGUGAAGACUCUUACAAGGAGACAAUGGAAAUAAAUUUGAACAGUGUGCUCCAAAUGGUGCAACUAGCACGACCUUAUCUCAUCAAGAGUGAAGGAGAAGUUGUUAAUGUUAGCAGCAUUUCGGGAUUGCAAUUCGGAAUCGUGCUGACCCCAUACUAUGCGAUUUCAAAAGCAGGUCUGGAUCAGCUUACAAGAGCUCUUGCGAUCGACCUAAUUCAGUAUGGUGUGCGUGUCAAUGGUGUCAGCCCUGGCCUAGUCAAGACAAGUUUCGCCGAAAGAACGGGUUUAACUAAAGAACAAUCGGACAAGUUGCACGACUUUUACGGAAGUGAGAAGCAUUCCUGCCCACGAGGGAAAUAUGCGGAACCCAGCGAAAUAGCUAACGUAAUUGCAUUCUUGGCAGAUCGCCAAAUAUCAUCGUUUAUUGUUGGACAAUCCAUUGUGGUCGACGGAGGAAUGUCACUGAUUAUGGGUGCAUAUGCGUUCGAUUACAAAAAGGUGAUCUCGACCUGA